GGCUCGGCUCGGGCGUUGCGUUCGCUUUGCUCUGCCCUGCCAUUUUGAAGCGCACCAUGCCGUGGCUUCCGCUUUCUCGUUUCCCUUCCCUCCCCUCUCCAACGGCAUGUUCCCGCCGCCGGCUGCACCCGCGGCGGGAUCCUGCAUCCGAGGCGUCUGCCUCCUCCAGAUCUGAGGCGCCGACCGCGCUGCGAGCUCUGGCCGUAGGUGUUCGCUCUACGCAGACGACGUGGUUCUAUUUCUAUCACCUACUGCCAUGGACAUACAAUCUCACUUAGCCAUUGUUCAGUUCUUUGGGAUCGCCUCCGGGCUAUCAACAAACCUGAACAAAUCCGUUGAUGUUCCUAUCAGUUGCAGUGAGGAGGAAAUCUCUACCAUCCGGGACUAUCUCCCUUGCAGUCUGUCCUCCUUCCCGAUCCAGUACUUGGGUGCUCCACUUUCGACCGGUAGACUCCGUAAGAACCACCUUCAGUCGGUGGUGGAUAGAAUUGCUUCCAAACUCCUUGCCUGGCAAGCGAAGCUUAUCUCCAGACCAGGCUGUGCCACCCUCGUGAGGUCUGUUUUAUCAUCGACACCAAUUGACACUCUAAUUUCUAUCGAUGUCCCACCUUGGGUGAUUAAGCAGAUCGACAAGAUAAGGAAAUGUUUUCUUUGGAGCGGUGAAAGAUCAACUUCCGGUGGACGCAGCUUCCUGGCUUGGCCCAGAGUUUGUCGUCCUCUAGAAUAUGGAGGGCUCGGCAUUUAGGACCUUAGGCUUGCUGGCUAUGCAUUGCGACUGCGCUGGCUCUGGUGGCAGCGGUGCAGCCGAUCUAAGCCGUGGGCUUCACUGACGUUGCAUCAUGAGAAGCAAGUCCAGGCUCUCUUUGAAGCGUCCACUAGGUUCGAGGUCGGGAACUGCAUGCUUACGCUCUUUUGGACUGAUGCCUGGCUCCAUGGCGGCUCCAUUCGAUCUAUGGCUCCCGACCUGUUCAUGUGUAUCCCCCCUGCGGUUACCAGAAGCAGAACAGUACACGAUGCCUUACAACAACGAACUUGGGUGAGGGAUAUCACCAGCCCCCUCUCCAUGCGCGCCUUAAGCCAAUAUUUGGAAUUAUGGAACCAGCUGGAGACCUUAAGUUUAAUCGACGAGGAGGAUCGGAUGGUUUGGAAAUGAUCUGCCUUCGGACAGUAUUCUGCUAGCUCGGCUUACCAACUAAUGUUCCAAGGUUCAAUCAAAUUUGGGGGUGCUAAGAUCCAUGGCAGGCUUUGGACAGCGGCACGCAGCAAGCGCCACGGACUUUAGGAUGAUGAUUCUUGCACAUGUGUGCUCAGCUCCAGGAAUCAACCGAUAAUCUCCUCCUGCACUGCGUCUCCGCAAGGGAGCUCUGGUGGCGCGUCCUGGGGAUCCAUACGCCGCUUGCAGACACUACACUCCUGGACUGGUGGUCGGAGCUACGAAAGGGCGUCGACAAAGCGUUCCGGAAGGGCCUCGACUCCAUAAUUCUACUUAUUUGUUGGAGAAUCUGGCUAGCAAGAAAUGAUGUGGUCUUCAACAACCAUCGCAUCUCUUCGGCCCUCAUGGUGGCUCACAUCUGGGAUGACAUCGAGCGAUGGUGCAGUGCAGGGGCGACAAAUCUAGCAGUGCUCAGAGAAUGGUUGCUUGCUUUCGGUUCUUUAGUCUAACUUGAGUCACCGGUUUAGCUCCUUGUUGUUACGCCUCUCGUAAUUUUCUUGCCUAGUUACCUCUUUUUGUAAGUCUGUGACCCGGCAAGGUCGUUGUGUAAACUUCUAAUUUUUCCUUUAAUACAAAGAUGUGCAGCUCUCCUGCGUGUUCUAGAAAAAAAAAUCCAAUACCUGAUCAUCCCCAUUAUUGUAGUGUUUGGAGCUGAAAAUGAGUGAGGGGAAUACUAGUCAGCUUGCCCUUGACAAAGGACUCUCUCAAAUGUCUAAGGAUAAUGAUUCAAAUAGCCCUGCAACUAUCCAGAAGAUAAAAGUUGACACGGAAGAUUCUGGAAGCAACAUUGAAUCGCCCACUCCAGAGAAACCUGAAUCUAGAAGGAAAGGGGUUGUUGUCAGUUAACUGGCAAGGAAUUUGCUUGCAUAGAGGUACAAGGAUAGAUUCGCAGAUCAGGAAGAUGAGGAUGACACAGAUGAUGAAGACUAUAAUGACUGUCUCGCCUGGUGAUAGCCAAUCUUUAAUAUCAGGAAGAGGAAGCAUUAAACUUCUUGAAAGACACAAGAAUUUGCUAAAUCUUUUCAAUAAAAUGGAGAGUUCUAUAAGGUUGCUACGCCUGCGGAAGAAGAUGACUACAUUUAAGAAUAUUGCCACCCAGGUGGAAGUACUCACAAAGAGGAAGUUCUCACACAGUCCUUUGGCCCAGAUGAAGUAUUUGUUUCCAGAAGCAAUCCAGAUAAAUAGGAUACUGUUACAUGAUGAGAAAAGCCUUUGCAUGUAUGCUGAUAUGGAAAUUACACUUGUAAUGAACGUUGUGGAAUGCGGAAGACCUGAUCAGUCUCCAUCCAUGGCAAUCUGCGAGGCUUUUUACUCAAAGCUUUUGAAUUUUUUGGAUGCUCAUCAUAAGGAAAAUGAUCCUAUGUGCAUUAUUGGUAAAGAGAAAAUCAAUCAAGUAGACCCGUUGGACACCCAGGAAAAGCUAGGUUCUUUACGCGUCACAUUUGACAUAGUCUGUGAUAUUUCUCGCUCUACCAAGAAUUCGUUAAUGACAAAACAGGAACUUUUCCACAAUAUUCUUGCCAACAACUUGGAGAUAGAAGAGAUCGGGGAAAUAGAAGAGCAGCUGCAUAUUGUGGAGGAUCUGGCUCCCGAUUAGAUUUCUAAGAAGGUGAUAAAUGGUGAAGAAAUACUUUACAGCAUUGAACAAAUACCGGAUCAGAAUUCUGUUCGGGCAAGGCUUGUCGAAGCCAUUUGAGAGAUCUUCGAUCUGAUUAAAGCUGAAAACUCCACCUAAUAUGUAUGUACUACUAAUGUUUGAGGACUUGAGCGGUUACUUAGCUAAUUUACCGUCAUGGAAUCCUCGUGCACUCUUGCUGACUCUUGGUUGAACUAGUCUCUUAGAGUCUUAGUUGACUGCUCAACAAAUGAUUGAAUGCUGAAGUUGUUACGAAGCUUGAAUUCACAGUGAGUUUCACACCUGAGUGUAAUUUGGCCGGCUGGUCGGACUGUUUCAUGCCUCCCAGGUAGGUUCUGUGAGCCUUCUGACUUUAUGCGGUAGUUAGCCCAAGAACUCAACAUAAGAUUUGCUCUGUGAACAUUACUUGAGUUGCUCAUGAAAAUGCAAACGGAAGGGUUUUUUUUUUUGCACGCUUGCAUAAGAAAUUAUGUUUACUGCUCUGUCAAGGUUCUUAUUCCUGAUCACGCACAAGCUUAUUCACACCAUUCAGUGAUUAUGCUCUGUAAUACUGGUGUGAAGCGCACUGCUCGCUUUAUAUGAGUUUAGAGAACACACAGUAACUUUUUCACUAGCCCAAACUAUACACUGCACUAUUUAUUCCAUAUAUACAGCAAUGACAUGGCAUACAGUACACAAGUACAGGGCAAUGAGCCCAUCCUCUAAUCUCAUACACAGCAUGUACCAACAUUCCAACAACAAAUAGAGCAGACACAACCAUCAACUGCCUCUCACUCAUCAGACCAGGUGAU